AUGCUUGAUAUCUGCUACAAAAGCAAAAGAAAAGAGAAAGCUGGUAGUCUUUGGCUUGGUAUCACUUUAUUCACUCUGUUUUCCCUCACUUCACUUGUUGUGGUCUUCCUUCACCUACGCGUCUCUCCCACCCCCCUAUUUAUUUCUCCUGAAACCUUUCCUUCUCUUCUUCUUCCUCUUCCCCUUCUUUCUUCAACCUCCCACCACAACUUGAUAUCACAGAAAUACCCUCUAACUAUCACCGACUUCGCCUGCACGCAGCUUGCUAGUACGCUGCUUACCCCUUUUUCUGUGCCUGCUGCGUUCUCCUGCGUUCUAUCUAGAUCUGCUAGCUCUGGAGACGCGUCGAUAAAGCUGCUAAUCAUUAUAUUAACUCCUCUAGAUACCCUUUUUCUAUCACUAUCUGUGUAUCUUCUGGGCACAGUGAGAAGCAAGAUGAAGACUAAUCUCUUCAUCUUUGCUGCUCUCUUUCUUCCGGGCUCUGUGGUUGCUAGGCCUCACAACCACAAUCAUGCUUAUGGCCUGGAGAAACGCGCUUAUGUGACUGAUACUAUUGUUGUUAAGGUGCCUGAGGUUAUCAACUGGGUUGAUAAUGCUGGUAAUACCGUUACUAUUGAAACUAAGGGGAUGAAGUCUUUUAAGACCAUUCAUCCUACCUCUGACAAUGGAGAUGUUGGCACUACUAUUGCCCCUAAUACCGCUACUAUGGCUACCACCACGGUCACCAAUAUACCCACUUCUGUCUCUACCGUUGUCCCUAAGCCAGAGCCUACCACCGAGAUGAAAAUUCCUGACCUGAAGCCGGAGCCAACUGAGAUCAAACAAACAACUAAGGAUAUUACUACCACCAAAGUUAAGCCCUCGGAGCCUGUUAUUACUGAGCCAAAAAGCACUGAUAAGCAAACUGGUGUUCCCCCUGUGCAGCCCACUAUCACUGAGCCAAAGAAAACAGAGACCACAGCGAUUGAGCCUAUCAUUACGGGUCCAGGGACGACUGCUAAGCCAACCGAGCCUCUGACGACAUCCACCCAGUCUCUAGCUCCAAGCAAGCCCUCAACUGUCCCAGCUCCUACUUCAUCGCCUCCCAAGGACCCUACUGAAAAAUGGACUCCUGCAAAUGGAUUUGGAAUCUGCUAUGCCCCGUAUGCUGCUGAUGGAAAAUGCAAAAACCAGGACCAAGUCAAUGCAGACUUUGCAAAGCUGAAUGACUAUAGCAUUGUUCGCUCCUAUGGUGUUGACUGCAAUCAAAUUGCAAUGAUGCUCAAUGCGGCAAAGACUUACAACAAGAAAGUUAUGCUUGGCCUUUUCACCAUUCAAAACGUCGACUCUGAUUUGAACAUCUUCUUGGCCGCUGCAAAGAACAACUGGGCAUACAUCUAUGCCAUUGCUAUUGGGAACGAAGUCGUUAAUACCGGAAAAGCAUCAGCUAACGCCCUCGUCAACGCCGUCAAUCAUUCCCGUGCGAUAUUACGUGCGAACGGAUACAAUGGACCAGUCGUAGCCGUCGACACCGUCAAUGCCAUGACCGCUCACCCAGAAAUCUGUUACGCCUCUGAUUUUUGUGCUGUCAAUAUCCACCCGUUUUUCGAUCCGCAUACCUCCGCUUCUGAAGCCGGGCAGUUUGUUAGAGAGCAAUCCAAGGCCGUUUCUAAUGCAGUACACGGAGCCAAGAGAGUUAUUGUCACUGAAACCGGAUGGCCUCAUGGCGGCUACCAAAACGGAGAAGCUUUUCCUUCAAGAGAGAACCAGCGUGUUGCUAUCGAGAACAUAAAGCAGGCUUACAAAGAUACCAAUGGAGAGCUGUUAUUAUUCUCUGCUUUCGAUGAUCCAUGGAAAGUAGAUGGUUCUAACACUUUUGGUGCUGAGAAGUACUGGGGUAUCUACUAA